AUGGCAUCCGAUGCUGCCAUUGUCACUUGGUAUCUAUCUGCUCUCUCUCAUAUUUUUCACUAUGCUAUUGUGGUAUUGUGCUAUUAUGGUUGGGGCUCGGGUGAAGAUGGACAAUUGGGAAUCGGGAACAACGAGGAGAAGGAACAUGCCAUACAUGGUGGGUAUGCGAAUCAGGCAAGUAUAAGCCCUGGAAUGAUGGGAAGCUAUGGAAAUCAAGGUGCAAUGCAAGGUGGCUACCCGAACCCGCAGAUAGGGCAAGGUGGUUCAGGAAGAGGGCAGCAUGGUGUUGGGCAAUCUGGUGGCGCUCCUUACUUGGGGCAUUAG